GAGAGAGAGAGAGAGGAAGCAAGCUGGUCCGGAGGGGUUGCGACAACCCCAGCAAUGUGGAGAAGCCUAGGGCUGGCCCUGGCUCUCUGUCUCCUCCCCUAUGGGGGGACAGAGAGCCAAGGCCAAAGCCCUGCUUGUAAACAACCUCCAGCCUGGAGCAUAGGAGAUCAAAAUCCAAUGCUCAACUCCGAGGGUACAGUGACCGUGGUGGCUCUCCUUCAAGCCAGCUGAUACCUGUGCCUUCUACAGGCGUCCAGACUGGAAGACCUGCGCCUGAAACUAGAGAACGAAGGCUACUCUAACAUUUCUUACAUUGUUGUGAACCAUCAAGGAGCCCCCUCUCAAUUGAAACACACACACCUUAAGAAUCAUGUGUCAGACCAUAUUGCUGUUUACCGACAAGAAGAACACCAGACAGAUGUCUGGACUCUCCUAAAUGGAAACAAAGACGAUUUCCUCAUAUAUGACAGAUGUGGCCGUCUCGUGUAUCACCUGGGCUUGCCCUAUUCCUUCCUCACUUUCCCGUAUGUCGAAGAAGCCAUUAAGAUCGCUUACUGUGAGCAGAAGUGUGGAAACUGCUCUCUCACGAGUCUUGAAGAUGAAGACUUCUGUAAAAAUGUGUCCUCAGCUGCCGUGGGUAGCACAGCGGAGCCCUCAAAGACACAUCACCACCACAAGCACCAUCACAAACACGGGCAUGGGCAUCUUGGGAGCAGUGAGCUGUCCGAGAAUGAGCAUGGGCAUGGGCAUCUUGGGAGCAGUGAGCUGUCCGAGAAUGAGCGACCAGGGGCACUAGAUGCUAAGCCAGCUUUGCCCCCUUCAGCCUUACAUCAUCCCCAGCACAGGCAGGGUCACUUAGAGAGCUGAGACAUGCAGGCGAGUGAAGGCCUACAGCUCUCACUUGCCCAAAGGAAGCUUUGCCGGAAGGGGUGCCUAAACCAGCUCCUGUGUAAGUUGUCCCAGGAGUCCGGGACGACUGCCAGCAGCUGCUGCUGCCACUGCCGCCAUCUCAUCUUUGAGAAGUCAGGGUCCGCAAUCACCUGACAGUGCGCGGAAAACCUCCCGUCCUUGUGUAGCUGACAGGGACUUUUUGCUGAGGAGAAAGUCAUUGAAUCUUGACAGUGUCGGGCCCCUCCAGCUGCCUGACGGAGUCAGCCACUAAACCCCACAGAAGCCAGCCCCACCUGAAGCUGAAAGAAUAAGACCAAAAAGUGA